AUGAGUGUGAGGCUUCUGUUGUUGCUGCUGACGCUCGGCCUCGUCGCUGCACCGAGCGCGACGAUGAGGGUGAUGGCGAUGGCUGCCUCUUCCGAGUCUUCUGCUGGUGAUGGUGAUGCCGAUCCCCGCGCCGCGUCGCCGCGAGCGAGCGCGUUCAGCUCAUCCACUGCACACCUUGGGGUGGGAGCGACGCAGGCGCCACCAAAACGCGUGACAAAUGCACAGCGUGCUGCUGAUGCAGCAUGGCGUGCUGCGCCAGCAGAUGCGCCUUCGCAGUACCUUGUGGACAAGAAGCCAACCAACGAUGGUGGGCUGCUCUUUGUCUACACAAACGACAAGGACGCAGGCGCUGCGCCUGAAGAGCACCCCUUGCCGCCUUGUGACGUCUCUGCAGUCAUCAGCUAUCGCGAACGCAUUGACCCGAUCCAUCAGAUUAUUCAAACGCGGCUGCGCCAGGAGGGCGUGUGCCACUUUCAUCUUGUGGUUGUGUUGUGGGACGUGGCAUGGACCAAGCAUCAGGUGGAGGAGUAUGUUCGUGUACUGAAGACACGACCGCGGACAACAUUGCUGAUCCACCGCGGAUCGCUGACGUGCUAUAUGUGUUUGCGCAACAUGGCCUUGCCAUACAUUGCCUCCACCAAGUACACCCUCUGGGCAGAUCACGGCACCUUGUGGAAGGACAACAUGCUGGCGGUGAUGCUGAAGACGGCGAGGACAGAUCCUCGCAAGCCCGUGCUGGUCGCCCCACACGUCAACGAAUUCGAAAGCACUGACGGUCAUAUCACGGUCUGGCGCAACAGCACGAUGGCGGAGGAGGGCGAUUCGCACCAUCCCCACACGUACAUCCUCUUGUACUCGAGUGCAAAGGACAGGCCCCUCUCCAUUCGCCAGCGUUUCGGCACAGUCGCUCCAAAGGGGACAACGGUCGUGAAUGGCGUGGCGGCAACCGACUUGGCCGAGCCUCACAUCUACCUCACCGCAAACCAAUACUACUUCCAAGCCCCAUUUUCUGGUGGUCAGGGCCGCUUGAUGCAUACGCUGAGCCUGCCCAUUCUCCGCAAAUUCGGUCGCCAGCGCCAGGUGACGCAGGUGGAAGCAGAGGGCGCUUUCCCUCUGCCAUCGAGUGGGUACGAGGCGAGCGAUGUCAUCAACUUCAUGUGGCAAUGGGAGCCCAUGACCAACAUUCAACACACACACUACACGAAUGCCAACAACGGCUUUGUUGACCUCAACUUUCGGUGCCUGCACAGCGACUUGACGAUGCGCUUGUCGGAGAUGUCGAUGCUGGAGCGCGUACCCAACGACCCGCAGACACACGCGGCACUAAUCAUGGGCCAGCUUGGGCUUGCCUUCUGGCACCAGUUUUGCUUCGUCGACGGCGCAGACGUAAACGUGGCCAAGCACCCCAUGCAGCUGUCGCAGGGCGCAUUCACCUGCAAUCGCUGGCUCUCCCUGCCAGAGGCGCUUGGCAUGCACCCGCACACCCGCAAGAGCAGAGGCAUCGUCUUCCGCAGCGAAUUCAGCGUGCUGCACUCGGUGCCCUUCAACCUCACCGCCGCAGACGAGCUGCGAGGUGCGUGGGACGAACGUGUCAGACACCUCUCCUGGACGAGCGUGAGCAGGCUGGCUGAAGGAAAAGUGGAGACCAAGUGCCUGGACCGCCGCUAUGCGAUUGCCAUCAUCUCUGGCCUGGAUACGAACCUCCCCGGUCACCUCCGCCUGCUUCGCAGCCUGCAGGGCCUGUCGUCCCUCGUGCUGGAGGAGGCGGGCGAACCCACCGGGAAGACGAAGGCCAGCAGCACCAGGACGCAGCUGUGGCUGCUGCUCAAGACGCGACCACUGAAGAAGACGCCGGUGCCGUUGCGGUCCUUCGCUGCAUUGCUGGACGAUGUCGUGGAGCAGGUGCGCUUGCACAAUCCACAACACACUGGGCAGUUUUUGAAGGUGCAGUACCUCUCAGCGGAGGGCGACGCUACGGAGCAGUACGUGCUCUGGACAGCAGGCUUGAAGGUGCGCGGCGUGCGACACCACCGCAUCGCCCUCCAGGAGCUGCAGGGCGCGCUCAGGCCAAGGUGGUGA